GUGCCCGCAUCCCCCGCCCGUCCCCGGUAGCCGCGGGUCCCCCCUCCCCGCGGGACGGGACGUGGCACUGGGCUGCACCGGGCUCCUUCCCGGUUCGUAGGCGAGGGUGGGUCAGCGCCGGUGCCGCUCCACCCCCGCCCGCCCUCGCAGCUCCGGUGUCCCCGCCAUGGCCGGCUCCGGGGCCCCGGCUCCCCUGCCCGGGCCGAGCGGCCCCGGCUCCGCGCUGGACGAGGAGGAGGAGGAUGAAGACGCGUCCCUGGGCUGCGACGGGGACCUGGAGGUGAACCCCUACGAUGGGCUGCCCUUCUCGUCCCGUUACUACGAGCUGCUGCGGCAGCGCCGGGAGCUGCCGGUCUGGACCACCAAGUACAGCUUCAUGGAACACCUGGAGGGCAACAGCGGCAUCGUGCUGGUGUCCGGACCUCCCGGUACCGGCAAGAGCACACAGAUCCCCCAGUGGUGCGCCGAGUACGCCCUGUCCCUGCGCUUCGCCCACGGGCUGGUGGCCUGCACCCAACCCCACAGCCUGGCCGCCCUCAGCCUCUCGCUGCGCGUGGCCGACGAGAUGGACCUGAACCUGGGCCACGAGGUGGGCUACUGCGUGCCGCACGAGGACUGCUGCACCGCCGACACCAUCCUCAGGUUCUGCUCGGACGAGAUGCUGCUGCGGGAGAUGACGUCGGAGCCGCUGCUGCGGCAGUACGGGGUGGUGGUGCUGGAUGAGGCGCAGGAGCGCACGGUGCCCACGGACGCGCUGCUGGGGCUGCUCAAGGACGUGCUGCAGCAGCGCCCGGCCCUGCGCCUCGUGGUGGUCACCUCGCCCGCCCUGGAGCCGCGGCUGCGCGCUUUCUGCGGGGAUCCCCCCGUGGUGCGGGUGCCGGGGCACAGCUCCCCGCCGCAGCUGCUCUACCGGGAGCCACCGGCCCACGGGAGCGUGGCUGCUGCCUGCCAGGCCGUGCUGGACAUCCACCGGCGCCAGGAGCCCGGCCACGUGCUCGUCUUCCUGGCCAGCGAGCAGGAGAUCUCUGAGUGCUGCGCUGCCAUCCAGACGGAGGCCGUGGCGCUGAGCCCGGCGCUGGGCCCGCUGCUGGUGCUGCCGCUGCACCCGGGCGUGGGCCGGGCCGCGCAGAGACUCUACGAGACGCCCGAGGAGAGCCGGGAGCGGCGCGUCAUCGUCACCCACUGGCUCGGGGACUCGUCCUUCUCGCUGGGCACCGUGCGCUUCGUCAUCGACUCGGGGCUGGAGCUGCGCAGCGUGUACAACCCCCGCAUCCGCGCCGAGUCGCAGGUGCUGCGGCCCAUCAGCCGGAGCCAGGCUGAGUCACGCAUGCAGCGAGCAGCUGGCAGCCCCCCAGGCACCUGCCUGCGCCUGUACUCGGAGGCCUUUGAGCAGCGCCUGCCCCCCAGCCCUGCGCCCCACGUCAGCGAGACCAGCCUGAGCCGCCUCGUGCUGCUGCUGAAGCGCCUGGACAUCGCUGACAUGGGCCAGUGUGACUUCCUUGACCGCCCAGCCCCCGAGUCGCUGAUGCAAGCACUGGAGGACCUGGACUACCUGGCAGCCCUGGACGACGACGGGAAUCUGUCAGAGGUGGGGAUCAUCAUGUCGGAGUUCCCACUGGACCCGCAGCUGGCCAAGGCCCUCAUCGCCUCCUGCGAGUUCGACUGCGUGGAGGAGAUGGUCAGCCUGGCUGCCAUGCUCACAGCAUCGCCCUGCUUCGUGCCUCUGUCCACGCACCUGGAGGAGGCCGUGGCCCUGCGCCGGCGGGCGCUGCUGCACCCCAACGGGGACCACUUCACCCUCAUCAACAUCUUCAAUGCCUUCCAGCAGCACGCAGGGGACGAGGGCUGGUGCCGGAAGCAGGGGCUGUGUGCCGAGGCGCUGCGCCUGGCGGGCACCGUGCGCGCCGAGCUGCUCGAGGUCAUGCGCCGCAUCGAGCUCCCGGUCUCGCCGCCCGCCUUCGGCUCCGACGCCAACGCCCUCAACAUCCAGCGGGCCCUCAUCUCCGGGUACUUCCUCAAGGUGGGCCCAGGGGGCUGUGGGCAGUUACGGGGCAGUUGUGGAGUGGUGCCAGCCACCCCACCCUCUCCCGGUCCCUCCCAGGUCGCCCGAGACAUUGAUGGCUCCGGCAAUUACGUGAUGCUGACGCACAAGCAUGUGGCCCACCUGGCCCCCGCCUGCGGCUACCUGCUGCGGCCACCCCCGCGCCGCCUGCCCCCCUGGGUGCUCUACCACGAGUUCACCAUCUCUCAGGACAACUGCCUGCGCGUGGUCUCGGAGAUCCAGCCCCAAAUGCUGGUGGAGUUGGCCCCGCAGUACUACCUGAGCAACCUGCCCCCCAGCGAGGGCCGGGACCUGCUGAUGGAGCUGCGGGAGAAGGUGGUGGCAGCAGAGGAGGCGCCGGCAGAGCCGGCAGAGCUGGCAGAGGCGGCCGGGCACCAGCACGGGCAGGGGGACGUCUGCGUCCUGCAGUGAGCCGGAGCAGCGGAGCCCCGCGGUGGGGCUGCCUGGGCUUGGCCAUGACCCUGGGGACGGGGGAGCCCCGGGGAGGCCCCAGGGGGGCUGUGUGGCCGCAGGGGCUGUCCCGGGUCCCAGGGAGGCGUGGGCACUGCCUCAGCGCUGCGCCGCAGUCGGUCGAGGGCCGGCGGCCGUGGGACCACGCUGGCACCUCAGAGCGUGACUGAGGAGUGCUGGCCCCGGCCAGGGGAGUGGUGUGGGCCCUCCCCACUGGGCUCCUUCCUUCACCCCGUCUUUCCCGGGGGUCUGCGGGGCUGGAGGCAUCGCCCGUCCCGCUCCCCCCGCGCCCGGCGCCGAGGGGCCACACACGGGUCCCUCCUGUAUAAAGUUUUGUGACCUUUG